ACAUACCAGCCGUUACCAACACCCCCUGAUCACUCUCAGACACUCCCAGGACCGUUGAAGACAGAGACAGGACAGAAUGUCUCUCAAUGUCUUGUACGGUGUAUUGUCACAUUCCAAUCCCUAUAACGGACUGAAGAGAGGGUCUCCGAGAAGAUGGCUGCCGCUAUGUUCACUGAAUGAGAGGACUGCCCGGCCUCUAGCGUCCAGUAGGGGGAGAAUGGUGUGGUGACGUCAGGGGCGGGACUAGGAGGAGCGCGGGAAAUUCAGACUCUUCACUCCGGAACCUGAUGGCACCAAUCAGAAUCCAGCACGUCGUUUCCUUCAGCUCCCAGGAUCCCAGGCACCCCGUGGACAAUCUUCUGAGUGACAACAUCCAGCCGUGGCUGAGCUGCCCCCGGGACCGCAGCCGCCAGCUGAAGGUUGAGCUGCAGUUGGAGCGAGCCAGUCAUAUUGCGUAUAUUGACGUGGGAAACAGCGGAUCAGCCUUCUUCCAGAUUGACGUUGGCCGCUCCAGUGGGCCUGUAGGUCAACCAUUUGUCCCUUUGCUACCUACAGCCACCCUAAUGUCCCCAGCAGACUCUAAACUGGAGAAGAACGCCAGAGGGGUCCGGAUGUUCAAAGAAGGUGACUUCUUGGAAGAGACUGCUGGUGAGAAAUGGGACCGACUACGAAUCACCUGCAGUCAGCCCUUCAACAAGCAGGCACAGUUCGGCCUGUCUUUUAUACGCCUUCGAUCUGCGCUGGAAGAAGAGGAUCAGAACUGCGCUCCGGAAACCAAUACUCAUCAGGAAUAUAAGUCCUCUCUCCUCUCCGGCAUGCUUCCAGGAAAACUUCAGAAAGAAGAGGAUACCAACAAUCGGGAUCCUAGAGAGGAACGGAUAAAGGAGAGGCUGCAGCGGGUCAUGUCCCCACCUUCUCCCCGCACCCCAUGCCUCAGCCGCACAGUCCGCAUGGUGCUAUCGGCAACCCAGUCACGUAAACGCAGCUAUCCCGUCACAUCGCCAUCGAGUUCUCCCACCCCCCUACAGCCUGGAGAGGGCGACGGCCAACAUGGAGAGAGCCCGGUGUCCUCUGGUUCUUGUCCUGAGACGUCUGUGACACCCAGCAAACCAAAGUAUUGUGGAAAUUCCUCCAACAGAGGCAGGCAGAGAACAGUACGGACGCGCGGGAGAGGGAGGAGACCGUCUGGUAAUCCACAGAGAAAAGAACGUGGCGGUCAGUACCCAACACAGCUCCCUCCUCCCGGGACAAGCUGCUGUCCUAUCUGUGCAGGGUACUUUCCUGCCGAUGCCCUUCCUGUUCACGCCUCUAGCUGCGGGGAAGUCUAUCAGCCGCCCAGUAUCGUCUUAUCGUCUUCAGACGACGAUUCCUUGGACGGCUUCCAGGUCAUUCGGGAUGUUCCAGAGUCCUGGGUCACAUGCCCGCUGUGUGCGUUCCGCUUCCUGAGCACUGAGAUAGAACAACACGCCAGCAUGUGUGGGGAGUGAAUCUUCGUCAGGACCAGUGGAGUCCUCCUACCGUCAAACCUCUUACAGCUCUGCGCUGGCCGCUGAACUGCUGUGUCAUGUAAUGUCAUACCCCGCCAACUGGGGGCACUGCAUGGAUUCUUGGAAAUGUAUUUGCACUAAAUUAUAUGAGUUCUUUGCCAAAAUCUAAAGUGGACCUGUCACCCACCUUCUCACGCUGCAAUCAGGAAAGUUUUUAAUUUAGGUUUUAAUAUAAUAGUUUUUUAUAAGAUAAAUGUAUAGACUAUAUGUAACGGAAUGACCCGUGACAAACAGAGACUUUGGAAGGAUGAGGGGUACUCCUGUGCCAGCGUCACUAAUAA